CAAUUAUGUAAAGUUCUUUGCAUCAACCUUUUGAUCGCGUUCUAUGAUCCAUUAUCAAAUGUUAAAAAGAAAACUGAAAAUGAAGAGCAAAUAGAUUGUAGAGAAAAAGUUUCAUAAGGGAUGUUUAAUAUUAGCAUUCUAUAUUAUGUUCAAAUUUGUUAUGGUUGUAUGAGCUCCACGUUUUCGCGGGAAGGUUGAUGGAUACAACAUGAUCCUCCUCGAAAAAAGUUGAAUCUUGAGGCAUUACAGAAUGGUAUAAUUUAAUGGCCACAAGAUAAGAUUUUUAUAUAUAAUGCAGACAUGUUAAAGAGUGAAGGCCUGACUUAGAAUGUAAAUGCACAGAUAAGCUGCUUUUGUGGGCAGAUCCAGAGUAAGGGUGCAGGGAAUUUAUCAAGAGUAGAGGUGUUGGGACAGAGAGAUCAAUGGAUUCUAUGUGGUGUCUCAUUGUUCAUAUGUGUUUCAUGAUAGCAUUGUUUAGUUCCUCUGGUGUAGCUGAAGAUCCAUACAAGUUCUUUACAUGGAAAGUUACAUAUGGCACUAUAAGCCCUCUAGGUGUCACUCAGCAGGGAAUUUUAAUCAAUGGUCAGUUUCCUGGGCCUCAGAUUGACAGUGUAACAAACGACAACAUUAUUAUUAAUGUAUAUAAUGGUUUAGAUCAGCCUUUUUUAUUGUCAUGGAAUGGGAUACAACAGAGGAAAAAUUCCUGGCAAGAUGGAGUUUUUGGAACCAACUGUCCCAUACCUGCUGGAAAAAACUUUACAUACAAGUUCCAAAUGAAGGAUCAGAUAGGAAGCUAUUUCUAUUUCCCAUCCCUAUACUUCCACAAGGCAGCAGGGGGAUUCGGAGGUAUUAAAGUUGCUAGCAGGCCCUUAAUCCCCGUUCCAUUCCCUGCUCCUGAUGGUGACAUUACUCUGCUGAUAGGUGACUGGUACAAGACCAAUCACUCUGUCCUUAGGAGAACACUUGACUAUGGUAAAUCUCUGGGUAAACCUGAUGGGGUUCUUAUCAAUGGCCGAGGCCCAAAAGAUUAUUCACUAACAGUGAAUCAAGGUAAAACUUAUAGACUCCGGAUAUCAAAUGUGGGAUUGUCAUCCUCUCUGAAUUUCAGGAUUCAAGGUCACAAACUAAAGCUUGUUGAAGUGGAGGGAUCUCACACUGUCCAAAAUAUCUACGAUUCCCUAGACAUCCAUGUUGGUCAGAGCUACUCUGUUCUGGUCACUGCUAAUCAACCACCUCAGGACUACUACAUGGUUGCAUCAACUCGUUUCACCAGUCCAAUUCUGACUGGUGUAGGAAUUUUCCAUUACAGCAAUUCUAAGAAGGCUGUUUCUGGACCUAUUCCAGGGGGCCCAACUAUUCAGAUUGAUUGGUCCCUUAACCAGGCAAGAUCCAUCAGAUGGAACUUGACAGCCAGUGCAGCUCGCCCUAAUCCCCAAGGAUCAUAUCAUUAUGGAAACAUCACCAUUACUCGUACCAUCAAGCUUGCCAAUUCUGACAACUCCAUCAAUGGAAAACAACGCUAUGCAGUGAAUGGUGUUUCCUUCUUGUUCCCUGGCACACCACUCAAACUUGCAGAUUACUACAACAUUGGUGGAAUAUUCAAUUUAGGUGGCAUUCCAAAUAAUCCAGAUGGCAGAUCUCCUUACUUGCAGACUGCUGUGAUCUCUGGAGAGUACAGGGCUUUCAUUGAGAUUGUGUUCCAGAACUAUGAGAGCACAAUUCAAUCAUGGCAUUUGGAUGGAUACUCCUUCUUUGUGGCAGGAAUGGAUGGAGGAGAAUGGACAUCUGCAAGCAGAAAGGUUUAUAAUCUGUUCGAUGCAGUUUCUCGCUGUACAACACAGGUUUAUCCAAAGUCAUGGACUGCCAUUCUUUUAAGCUUAGAUAACGCAGGAAUGUGGAACCUGAGAUCAGAAACAUGGGAAAGGCAGUACCUUGGUCAGCAAACCUACUUGAGGGUUAAAUCUCCAGUAAAAUCACUGAGAGACGAGUAUGAUAUUCCUCAUAAUGCUCUCCUAUGUGGAAAGGCCAGCGGUCGUCCCCGCACACCACGUCCUUAACACAUGUUUUGUAUAACAGUUGUCCUUUUACGUAUGCUCCCUGUUGCAUGCAACAUAGUUGUACUGUCUCAGUGGCUGCAAAUCUAAUUUUAUUAUCUUUAUGCUCGCAUCCCUGUUGGAAUAUGGCAGAUUAAAGCAUCACUUAGUUUAAUUAUCAAAAUUGGUCAAUAAAAAUAAGAAAAAUAUUUAUGAUUUUUGUC